UUUGUGCGUCGUGCUGUCAAAAAACCUGCAAGCAGGCGACGCCGGCAGACGUUUUGGUUAAAAAGUUUAAUAAUUUUGUUACAAACAUUUGAAAUAAGUGCAUUAAAAACAUCUCAAAAAUGGCUUUUAAAGGCAAUACGAAAGUGCAAAAGGUGAUGGUGCAGCCCAUCAAUCUGAUUUUUCGUUACCUGCAAAAUCGUUCACGCGUACAAGUGUGGCUGUAUGAAAAUGUUUCGCUUCGCAUCGAAGGGCACAUUGUUGGCUUCGAUGAAUACAUGAAUCUGGUGCUGGACGACGCCGAGGAAGUCUGGGUGAAGACUCGUACACGGAAGAAUCUAGGGCGCAUCAUGUUGAAGGGUGAUAACAUAACACUGAUACAGAAUGUGAGCCCAUCAAAGGAUUAAAUAGGCGUAGCAGGAAAGCGCCACACAAAAGUGAGGUUAUGUGCGACUGCCAAUGGAUGGGCGCGAUAUCGAUGAAGGUAGCAUUUCUAGACGUAAACGGUGUUGACUUGACUUAAAACUAUGCAUUAAAUAAAUAAAAUAAAAUAAAUUCAUAAUUACAAUAACUUUAAACUGUAUGCAAAAUGUGUAAUUUUUGUAAUGCUCCAACAACUCAGGUUGCACCAUGAAGGGGAAAAUGAAAAAAGCAUGUAUUUUUACUAAACUAAAAAUUAAGUUAGUUUAUAAUGAAAAACUUGUAAUUGAAUUUUUAGGUUUGGUCUGAUUUCAAUGAAAAUGAGAAAUAAAUGUGAAAUAUGCAAAAACAGA